AGGCAGGCAGGCAAUAUUCCUGAAUUUGCGGGCACACCGCCUGAUGAGUUCCUUACUCCUGAGGGGGGGCUCGGCGCAAGGUAUAUAUGCUUAGGCCGGGCCUCCAGGCCGCAGAACACUCUCAACACUCUCAGCAAAAUGUACAAGCUUCUGGUGGCGCUUGCCCUCGUUGGCGCCGUCUUUGCCGACGAUAAGGCUGACAAGAAGACCGAGAAGCGUGGCGUGAUCGGCGCCGACUUCGGCUACGGCGGCAGCUACGGAGGUGGCUACGGAGGCGGCCACGGCGGCGGCCUCGGCGGCGGUCUCGGCGGCGGCUACGGCGGCGGCUACGGCGGCGGCAGCUUCGAGGCGUCCAAGCACGUCGAGACGUCGCACCACGUGCCCGUGCACACUGUGACCAAGCACGUGCCGUACGCCGUGCCCCACGCCGUGCCCUACACCGUGUACAAGAAGGUGCCGUACGCCGUGCCCGCCCCUUACCAAGUCUCCGUGCCCCGUCCCUAUGAGGUCAAGGUGCCCGUGAAGGUUCCCGUGACCGUCGAGAAGCCCUACCCCGUGACCGUCGAAAAGCCCUACCCCGUGCACGUGCCCGUCAAGGUGCCCGUCGCCGUGCCCAAGCCCUACCCCGUGCACGUCGAGAAGCCCUACCCCGUCCACGUGCCCGUCAAGGUCGCCCACCCCGUGCCCGUGCCCUACCACGUGCCCAAGCCCUACUACGUCAAGGUCCAGGAGCACCACGAUGAGCACGACGGAGCUUCCUACGGCGGUUCUUACGGUGGAUCUUACGGAGGCGGCGCUUCCCUCGAGGGCGGACACUCCGGUGGUCUCGCUAGCUACGGAUCCGGCGGCUCUUCCGGCCUCUCCGGCUACGGCAGCUACGGCUCGGCCGGUCUCGGACACGGCGGCAGCAGCGGCGGCAGCGGAAUCGGCCUGGGCAGCCACCACGGAGGCGCCACCAGCUACACCUACACCCACCACGGCUAAGCUGCCGGGGUGAAUCAAAAGGCUGUCGUCUAAAGAUUGUUCCUGUCCUCGCCAGAUCGCAUCUUGUCAUCCAUUGUUGUCUAUACGCUCUCGCCACAUAAAUAGCUUUUGUACUGUUUAUUGAAAAAUAAAGAUUUUUUUACCAAAAUAGAA